CAUUCUGUUCACUUCACAUCACCUCUUAACAAUAAAUUUCUGUCAAAGUCUAAAGUAAACUCUAAAAUACCAUGGGCAUGGGAAAAGAAAGUCUCUCCACCACCACCACAGAUGCAACCGGCGCUACUUUCAAGCUAGUAGGCUUCAACAAAUUCAUCCGCGCUAAUCCCCGUUCCGAUUUCUUCUCCGUUAAACGCUUCCACCACAUCGAAUUCUGGUGCGGCGAUGCAACCAAUACAUCUCGUCGUUUCUCAUGGUCUCUCGGCAUGCCGAUUACAGCAAAAUCAGACCUCUCCACCGGAAACUCCGUUCAUGCUUCUUAUCUCCUCCGUUCUGUUUCCGGCGAACUUCAGUUUGUUUUCACUGCUCCUUAUUCGCCGUCAAUUUCAGUACCGUCAACGGCAGGUAUACCUAGUUUUUCAACGUCUACUCAUCGGGAUUUUACGGCGAAGCAUGGGCUCGGUGUUCGUGCUGUUGCGUUGGAGGUUGAGAAUGCUUACCUGGCGUUCUCCGCCAGUGUCUCCCGUGGGGCGAAACCUCGGUUUGAACCUGUAACGAUUGAUGAGCAUGUGGCUGUUGCUGAAGUUCAUCUAUAUGGCGACGUCGUUUUGCGGUUUGUGAGUUUUGUUAAAGAUGUGGAUAGCCUCAAUUUCCUACCAGGUUUUGAAGCAAUGGAUGAAACAUCAUCCUUCAAGGAACUGGAUUAUGGGAUUCACCGGCUGGACCACGCUGUUGGGAAUGUGCCGGAGCUGGGUCCUGUAGUGGAUUACAUCAAGGCGUUUACGGGGUUUCAUGAAUUUGCGGAGUUUACAGCUGAAGAUGUUGGAACUGCUGAGAGCGGGCUGAACUCGGUUGUGUUGGCAAACAAUGACGAGACAGUGUUGCUUCCGAUGAAUGAGCCGGUAUAUGGAACUAAAAGGAAGAGUCAAAUUCAGACUUAUUUAGAGCAUAAUGAAGGGGCAGGAGUGCAACAUUUAGCUUUGGUUACAGAGGAUAUAUUCAGAACUUUGAGGGAAAUGAGGAAAAGGAGUGGAGUUGGGGGAUUUGAAUUCAUGCCUUCACCUCCGCCUACUUAUUAUAAGAAUUUGAAAAGUAGGGCUGGGGAUGUACUCAGUGACGAACAAAUCCAGGCGUGUGAAGAUUUGGGAAUCUUGGUUGACAGGGAUGAUCAGGGGACUCUGCUUCAGAUAUUUACCAAGCCUGUGGGAGACAGGCCAACAAUAUUUAUAGAAAUAAUUCAGAGAAUCGGUUGCAUGCUCAAAGAUGAAAACGGACAAGUCUAUCAGAAGGGCGGUUGUGGAGGCUUCGGGAAGGGAAACUUCUCAGAGCUGUUUAGAUCAAUCGAGGAAUACGAGAAGAUGCUUGAAGCCAAACAUGUUAAUCAAGUAGCUGCUGCUUGAAUAUAUACAAGCAUUAGCUUGCAAUCUAAUUGAAAUUUCACCGGGGCAUCUAAGCUUACAUUUGAUGUCUCUACUAUUAAUUAUAUAAUGGUGAAAUGAAAAAUAGCUUAUGUAUAUAAGUUUUA